CUGCGUGCAACGCGCUUUUAGUCACUCGCUGUCGUCUCAACUGUAAAUAUAAACUUGGAGGUCUGAAUGUGAGAAGUUUAGUCACCAAAUAUGGCGUCAUCGAUUGGGCUGUUGAUAGAUCAAUCCAUAAGCUUUGCGAUACAAAACUUUGCCCAGUUAAUCAAUAGCACAGAGUUUCUCGCCUACUCACCGGAAAUACUACAACAAAUUCUAAGUGCCGAUGAACUGAAUAUCGAUUGUGAAGUGGAUGUCUUUCAGGCGCUUAUGCGUUGGUACGAGCAUGACAAAGAAAAUCGCCGAAAAGAUCUUUCCCUGCUCAUAACCGCGCUGAAACUCGGUCAAUUUGAUGCCGCAUUCAUAAAAAAAUUCAUACAGCCUCUGCUUAAUGGCGACCAAGUAGCAACCGAAGCAUUGUCAUUGCUGAGCGAAUCGACCGCAACCGAUAACCGGCUAAUACCCGAUUAUUUGAAGGCGCGAAAUGAGCGGAAAUGCCGGCUGCUGAUUUUGAACGACGUAAAAAAGCUUAAACCCAUCCUGCGUUACAACAUGUCCCUCAACAAAUGGCAGAAAUGCUUUGAGUUCAGAUUUAUCGAUUACAGUUAUGCUGUGUUCUAUCACAACAACUGUCUGCUAUUCUUUGGUGGACGCUCUCGAGGUACACAGCGGAAUGACACUGUUAAAUGCCUUGAUUUGCACACCUUUGAGUGGCGGAAAAUGUCGGCGAUGUCUCAACGUCGUGAUGACUUGUGUGCAGUGAUGCUAAGGGGAAAGAUUUACGCUUUCGGCGGACACGAUGGCGGCGAUCCCUUCGAUACAGCGGAAAUGUACGAUACAGCGACAAACCAAUGGCAAUUACUGCCCGCUAUGACCCAUCACAGAUAUGGCGCAGGUGCCACCGUUUAUGAUGGCAAAAUAUACAUAUUCGGUGGUCUGAGCAUAGACUGUAGGCCACUAAGCGCAGUGGAAUGCUAUGAUCCGUUAACAAAUACUUGGAUAAGUUGCUGUGAUAUGCACGGGGCACGUGGUUGGCCGGGCGUUGCAGUAUUAGAUGGUUUAAUAUACAUUAUUGGUGGUUACAAUGAAGGCUACAUAGCUACUGCCGAGUGUUUCGAUCCACAGCUAAAUACUUGGAGAGAGAUUGCGCCGUUAAAUGUUGCACGCUUCGGUAUAUAUGCCACCGUAGUUGACAACCGGAUACGGGCGCUUGGCGGACACGAUGUGUAUACGGUCGAGGAAUAUGAUAGGGAGAAUGAUAAGUGGGUUGAAAAAACACCGUUACCUGUUUAUGGCAUAUUCAGCUGUGUAGAAGUGCCAAACCAUAUAGUAAAUAAGAUGCAAUCGCGUUAUGCCGCCAAAGAGAAUAAUUAGAAAAGAAAGAUUAACAAAUAAAAUAUGAAUUAAUGUAUGUAUGUAAUGUAUUAAAUUUUAAUUUAAUAUUAAAAUACUGGUAAGGCAAAAUAGAUAAUAGGAAGACGAAAAAAUAUAUCAAUAAAAGCAUUUGAGGAUGCGGGAAUAACAUAUUCUGUCCACUAAGAAUGUAAACAUAUGCAUUUUCACAUAUUCUGUGCACUAACAGUCGUUAUUACAGCGACUGUCAAAUAACAGCGCAGAGUAGUGAAUUCACUACUCUCUACUUUCCAGCGCCGAUGGAGCAUCGCACACAUUUCAAUUUGGGAAUUUUAUAUAUUUUGCGUCCACUGUGGCAACCAUCCACAUGCAACGCAACUCAAACAUGUUUGCGACCAGUGCUUACAAGCGCACUUAUUUUUGUUUGAAAAUGGCAGCACUAUGUGCAGACAGCCGGCAGCGGGUUUCUUUCGAGCCGGCGACGAACGAACAAUUCAUUCGAGCUAGCAACGCGUUAUGAGCGAUAGUUGUGGAAAUAAUUGUGCGAGCUUUGUUAAUUGCAGGCGGUUUCUAGCAAUCUUGUGUUAAAAAAAAAUAACUAUUGCAAAAUAAUUACUGCAGUGUUCAUAUAAAAAAAUAAAAUUAAA